AUGGACACCACCGUCCCGCCUCUGCCGGACGACGUGCUCGUGGAGAUCCUCGUCCGCCUGCCGGCCCGUUACAUCGCCGGUUGCCGCGCCGUGUGCAGGGCCUGGCGCUCCGCCAUAUCCCACCCGAUCUUCGACCGCGUCCACUCCAGUCGGCCGACCGCCGUCGCCAAGAUCACGGCUGAACACAAAAUCGAACACCAUGGCGUUGAAGGUGGCUGGAUUCAGUGUCGCUCUGUGAACAGAGUGAUCAUCUUCGACUUCACCGGCGUCGGCCCGCAGAGAACGCCGUUCCCCCGCGCCCUCUGCUUCACAUCGCCUUUGUUAACGUUGGUCAUGGGCUCCUGGGAUGGGGUGGUGUGCCUACAGCGCAAGGAAUGGCCACCUCAUCCUAGUUAUGGCAACGGCUUCCGCAUCCAUCAGUGUGUGCUCUGGAACCCCCUCACCAUGGCCUGCGCAACCAUUGGUCUGCCCUCACGCGAGGGCGGCAUCAUCGGCGGCUACGCGCACCCGGAGACGAGGCGCUUCCACCUCCUGCAUGCUUCCGGCGAAACUGAUCACGGUCUCUGCCCGACUAUCUUCCGGAUUCUAAGGGUCGGCGAUGCUGUCUGGCGUGAGCUUCGCCUCCAGGAGGAGAGCUCUGCAGAUGCAGAAGCGGCGCCUCCAAGGAUCAUUAUGAACAGAAGCCCUGGCUGCGUUAGGCUACACGACAACCUGCAUUGGCUGGUAGAGUGGAUUGGGUCGGGAACGUCGACAGUGCGGCUGCUCGCGUUGGACACGACGCGCGAGAAGUUCUGGUCACUGGAGACACCGCAACGCAAUGGACGACCAUUCCAUCUAAAGACGACGCGGAUCAGCGUGCUGCCAGGCGGAAAGCUCUGCCUCUUCCCCGUCGAGCAGUCCUCCAGCACCAUGGAGGCGUGGAUGGAGGUGUGGGUGCUCGAAGACUACCCUGGCGGUCCCCGAGGGAGCUGGCGGUGGCGGCUCAAGGAAAGGAUCAGCCUGGUCACGUGGGAAGGAUUCGACCUGCGGUUGUUCUUCGAGACCAACCAGAUAGAGACGGUGGAGGAUGGCGAGGAGGGCGAGGAGGUCUUGCGCCUCAAGCAGGCCAACGGCCGCAUCGACGCGUACAACUUCCGGCGCAAAACGUGGCGCACCGUUGCCUGUGAAACAUUUGUUUACACCCAUCUGGUCAUGCACAGGGAGAGCGUCCUGCAAGGCCAAGCAAGCUUCGGAAGCGCGACACGGCCUCUUUGGAAGUAUGUCGACUGGUAUGGGCAACGUUUCUAUUACCUGGAGUGA